AUGGCGGCCUUUGGUGAAGUAAGAGGGUCGCCAAAGACAACAUGGCAUCAUGAUGAAUCCGGCAAGAUAUGGAUCUCGGAUCCCGAAUUCCUCGGCAACUUCGCAAACUCAGCGCGAGUAUGGUCAUACGGAUACAACUCGGAUCCCGCAGUCAACAUGACGCCCUCCAGCAUCGCGCUCCACGCCAACGAACUCCUCGCAACAAUCAUGGCCGGUUACACAGUGAAUGGUGGAGGAGGACCAACAAUCUUCAUUGCACAUGGUCUCGGCGGUGUCAUCGUCAAGAAGGCAGUAAUAUUAUCCUUGAGUUGUCCGGAGUACUUCAACAUCCGAGAUUCCAUCGCUGGCAUUGUAUUCCUGGACACGGUACAUCACGGCACUGAUUCUGAGGGCGUUUUGAAGGCAGUCAAAACUAUCGCGGCACUCAGUCUCCAAAAGGGAUCCUUGAAACCAUCAUGGGACGACACAAGGCAAUAUGCAGAUGCCGUCCGCGAAGUCAACACCACCUUUCUUGACAGGCUGCCUUCGGAACUUGAGAUGCUUAACUUCAUCGCAGUCAGGCGAGUUGAGCUAACUGUUGACGGUUCUGAAACGCACAAAACCUUGGUAGUGCCGAAACGGCGCGCUGAGCUCGACUCAUCUCAAAGCAAGACAUUAACCAUAGACUGCGACCACUUUCAACUCACAAGGUUCCCGUCCCCUGAGGAUAGGAUCUAUCUUCAGCUGGCUGAGCAAGUUGGCGAGUUGAUGACGAAGGCCUCGGCAGACACGUCUAGGAGGGUCUUCUUUCCGCCCGCGCCGCCGGUACUGCGAAGUUCUCCAGUUCCCAGACCGCCGUCACCGGAUCCAGGUAGUUAUCUUCUAAGACAUGGAUUUCUGAUAAAAGUAGACAUCCCUGUCCGACCACGCCCCCCGCCAAGCCGAGCCAUGGGGCUGCCCCCAGGCAUAAUACCUGCUGCACACGGUGGCAACGCUCACCAAGCAUGGUUGAAGAAGAAAAACAUCGAGUACAUGAAGGAACGCCGGGACAGGCUCAUAGACAGGCUUGGCACUUGGGACGAUGCUCAUCUUGGACACGACAUCAAUCCGAUGCCGGGCACAUGCACAUGGAUAGAGACGCAUCCAUUCUUUCUUGAAUGGUCCAAGUCCAACGCGACCGAAUACUUUUAUGUUUACGGAAGUGCUGGGUGUGGCAAGACAUAUCUCGCCAAGUCUGUUGCGAACCAUCUCUCUCGAGAUGCAUCAAAGCCAUGGGACCUGGUCUUCCCAUUCUUUUGCAAUGCAAGUUCAACAGGCAACAAAAAGCCACCCAUCAUGGAACACUUCAUCCGAGAGAUUCUUCGCGAACGGUCACAAUGGUUCGAAUUCUUGAGCAGCCAGUUCCUGUUCCCGGAUGCCGACGGGAGGUUCAGCAUGGCUGCGCUGUUUGGUAUCCUCCGGGACAUCAUGUCUCACCUGCAGUUGAGCCAGGGUCCUGGAAAGUCGAUUACAGUCUACUUGAUAGUGGAUGGGCUCCACGAAUGCGACGUGGGUUUUGUCAAAGAGUUUCUGGCUCUAGUAGCUAGUCUUAUCGACCACCCGGUCGCUCGUUCAACACCGCCUCCGCCUCCUCAUACAGCACCCCCCGGACCGUUCAAUCAAUUCUUUCCCCGAGAUACCGUCAGGUUCAAGUUCUUCACCACUUACACCCCGAACGAGGUCAUGGCUAUGGCUUCCGUGAGAGCCACUCGUAUCAAGAUGAAAGACCAGGACAUCCGGAAGGACAUUGCCACUUACGUGGACAAGAGGGUCGAGGACUUCAGUACCAUCAAGUCAACGAAAGACCCGCCAACAGAAGUGGCAGAUUCGAUCAAAGAGCAAGCAGAGUCAUUCUUUGUCUACGCCAAUUGCUCCAUGGAAGACGGAUUCUCGACCGCAAGAGAUGAUGAUGAGUACGGGUUCUCCAUGAGCCGCCGGAUCUUUCCAUAUCCGCAAAAGCUAGGAAAGUACUAUGACUACAACCUGCUACCCUUGUUCCAGAACAUUAGCAACGACAAUUACGCCCUUUCAGCGCUGCACGUCAUCCUAGGCACCAUUGGACAUAUUCGUGGCAAGACCUUGCGUGACGCUCUCGCAUGCCUUCACGAUAAUCCCCGUCUGAAGUUCAUCGAUAUUCAGACAAUCUUGAUGCAUCAAUGCCCUCGGCUGAUCAGAGUCAGCGACGAAUUCGAGGCCUCCCCCUUACACCCCUCCCUUAGAAUCCACUUCAAUUCGUACAUCAGCAAAGAUGAACAACAUGCCAACAUGGCGUCGCUCUGUCUCAAGUAUCUUUCGCAGCCCAUGUUUGGAGGAGGUCUUUCCAGAGAUGCUGAACGGGAAUGUCCGUUUUACCAUUACGCAGCAAGAAAUUGGCGGACGCAUUUCAAGCUCUCAGGGGACAAAACGGCAAAGCUGAUACCCCUAGUGCACCGUUUUUUCAACUCAUCAUCAUACGGAACUUGGAGUCGCCACAUAGACGGAACAAUAUCAUCGUCCCAUGGUAUUACUCCUCCUGUCGUGGCUCUUAUCACUGCGAACGCCGCAAAUAUCGUUCACCUUGUUGUCGACUUGUACGUCAUGGACGAUCCAGAAACGUACCCUUGGCAAACCGGAGUAUGGGGCUUCUUUUGGCGGCUCAAGCAAAAUGCGUGGAGAGACUACCCUCGGCUUGCCAUGUUCAUUGACUCAUUCAGAGAGAGACAUGAUGAGAUGAUAGUCGACGAAGCAGGUCUUUCUCCGUUGAUGCAUGCUGCAAAGGAGCCGGUGGGUCUGCCAGAUAUGGUUCGCCAUUUCCUGCAGCGUCCCUUCGACAUCAACCGAAGAGACUACGCCAUAGGCGCCACCGCGUUGAUGUUCUUUUGUAGAUUCAACACCGAUCCGGAUCAAGAUCUCAUUUCAGAGAUGAUCGAUGCGUUCAAGAGAGCAGGAGCAGAUGUGAACAUGUCUACUUACAGGGGAGAGACCCCUCUGUGGCUGGCAUGCAGCAACGGAAACCCGAUCCUGGUCGAGGAGCUCCUUCGAGUCGGGGCCAACCCCAACAUCUCAGAUAUAGACGGGUCGACGCCCAUACACCAGGCAUUCAGCAAGCCAACGAAAUAUUCUUAUCAGAUCAUCGACAAGCUUAGUCGAGCUGGGGCCGACCUGAAUAUCAAGUUUCCUGUCCCAGAUAGACUGAUACCAAUGACAGCAUCAAUCGUCGACAUGCAUUUCGACAUAUUUUUACACCUAUUAGACAACAUCGACGAUAUCAACCAGAGAGAUGAGGCGGGCUUUGCUGCCAUACACUUGCUGGUGCAGCCGAAAUACGCUGAUUGGCUUCCUCAUCUGCUUGAACGACGGGACUUGGACGUUGAUCUUCUCACGGACUCUGAGUCCAGUAACGGUGCACCAGUUCGAUUGACGGCUUUAUCUUACGCGAUUACCGAGCAGAACUUCCAGGCCGUCGAAUUGCUUCUAAGGGCCGGAUCAAAUCCCGACCGUCAUCCACAGGCAAGCGACAAGUCACCACUGUUUGUUGCCGUGGACUUCGUUGCGGGGAGAAUGGAAGACAUCGGCGAUAAAGACCCGAACGGAAACCUCGAUAUCGCAGAGCUGUUGAUCUCUUAUAACAGCUCCAUCAACACUAUCAAUCCCAAGGCAAAACGUCAUACAAGAUCACCAUUAAUGCUAGCAGUCAAGAAUCAGAACUACCCAAUGGUUGAGCUUCUCCUGAAGCACGGUGCAGACCCCACCUUGGAAGAAGCUUACAAUCUCCCUGGCGUUCUGGACGCAGCCGUAUAUGGGGGCAAUGUGGGAAUUCUCAAGUUGCUUCUGGAACAUUCGUUGCCUCCAAGUAUCAACUAUGUACCAAAAGACUUCGACCACAUCCUUAUCGAGGCGGCGGAGAAGGAUGUAGAGUUGGUGAAGCUACUCCUGGAUCACGGUGCCGAUACAAAGCGAUUCUUAGCACCUGGUGACCCCAGAACCCCGCUACAGGCUGCAGUCCAGGAGGGAAAUCUUGGUUUAUGCAAGCUAUAUGUCGAACAUGAGCCGGAGCUGGUGAACUACCAGGCUAAUGAGGGCUUGGUGUGCGAAACGCCUCUGAACAUUGCAGCCAGAGAAGGCCACCUGGAGAUUGUUCAAUGUCUCCUCGAAGCAGGGGCCAAACCCAACAUUCAAUCGUUCUACUAUCAGGAGACACCGCUCUGGUCAGCAUGUUCUCGAGGAAAGUUCGAGAUUGCCAAGCUUCUCUAUGAGAGAGCUCCUGAAACCAUCAACAUCCCUUCUUAUGACGGCGAGACACCCCUCAUGGGAGCAUGCUCCUCCGGUGCCAUUAAACUAGUUGCCUUUCUUCUUGACAGUGGAGCCGAACUUACGCCGAGAUGCUCAAACUGCGGCUCCUGUGUCUGGAAAGCCUUGACGAAUAAUAGUGACGCACCAGCGUACAAGAUGAUCGAACUGCUGAUUCAGCACGGUCUUGGCGUGGACGAUGUCGUCAGCUCGGUCGGAUUUACCGUGCUGGGGGAGGCCUGCAGGAGCGGGGAUCUGCCGGCGGUGCGGUACUUGUUGGACUUGGGUGCUGAUCCGGUGAAAGGACAACUCUGUCCGGGAAAAGAACCAUCAGACAAUUCUUGGAGGAGUGCCGCGCAAGUUGCCGUGGACAACCGUGAACCUGGGAUCCUCGAUGCCUUGCUCCAGCAUCCCAAGGUCGCUGACUUCAUUGCCAACGCCGAUGUUUAUGGGGAGACGGUACUGCAUACGGACGACCCGCAAACGGAGGUACCGGUAAUGAUGACUAUGAUCCAUAAUACGUGUGAGAGGCUGAGAAGGGAGACCGGCAUGGAUCAUUGGGAAAGGAUGCUGCGUGCUGAAGAUUUCGGGGGCCAGAAACCACUUGAUACCGCACUGGGAGGGCACCACAAAACGCUGACUGACCAGGCUGUCGCCAACGCCGACGAAUUCAUCGCACAGUAUGUCGCGCAAUUAGUCACAGCCCAGCAUAGGACGAUUGACGACCACUUUUACAUCAUCAGAAUGCUAUCGCGGCUACUCCUCCUCCGAACUUGUUACGACGAUGAAGCUGUAAGACUGAUACAGGCGUACGUCGUGGAUCCUUGGGUGAGGGAGAAGGACAACCGUGUCGAGGAAGCGGUGUUCUGCGAGUACUAUUGCGAUGAGUGCGGCAAAGAUGCCGAGGAGGAGACGCUCUACUUCUGCCGGUUUUGUGUAUGGACUACUGGACGGUGCUGCUUCACCGACUACAAAGGGAUGCAUGAACCGAUUGAAGUCCCAUUGGUCAUGGAGAGGCGCAUUGUGGAUAUCAAUUCGGAGGAGUUCAUCGGUGUGCUCAGAGUCCUUGAGCAAGACUUUGUCACCAACAAAGCCCCCCGCGUCGCGGAACCCGCCCAGAAGGAGCUAUUUCAGGCGGAUCCUGAGUCCGAAGACACGACGCUGUCCCUCGCCUUUCUGCAUUCCUUGGGGUAUCUUGAGUUCCGCCGUCGUGCAUGGAGUCCUUACCUUCCCUUGACAUCCAAGAUAUACAAGCGUAUCGAGCCGUGGGAAUCCUUCAUGAGGCAGGAGAGGAAGGAAUUUCAAGAGUGGGUCUACCGGACGGAAACCGCGCCAUGGAGACUGAAGAACGAACUUGAAUAUUUCCUCGAAUCAGGCAGGAAGACCGCUUACAAGGACGUUGGCACCACCAUAGUCGAGGAGAUAAUGAGGGAUGUGGGUGUACUAUUUCACGAGCCAGGCCGCAGCAGAAGCCCGCGGAUGCUGCGGCCGAAUGAGAGGGGAGAGAGGGCCCCACGCAUGCUUUCUGACGAAGAAUCUGACUGA